CCGCCCCGGGCCGCCCCAGCCUCCCGCAGGCCCGGCGGGGAACGAAACCCCCGGGAGAGCUCCACAGGGGUCGGGCGGGCCCCAGGGGAAUCGGGCUGCCCCGUGAGGGGAGGCAGGGGGAGCGCUGAGGAGCGGAGCGCAGCGAGGCACAACCGCCCGCUCGCCGCCCACCCACCACUCCUGUCACCUCGCCCACCGCCCGCGCGGGAGGAGUGCGUUUGCCGCUGGCUCCUCUGAUUGGCUGCAGGUGUUCGCCUACCGCUUCCUUUCUAGCUUUCGAUUGGCCGGGAAGAUCCUGCUCCGCCAGGUAACGGUUCUCGGCUCGCGAUUGGCCGCAGGUAGACGGUAUCCUUUCGGGGAUUGGCUCCAGCUGGGCUGGAAAUCACCUGGGGGAGAACUUCGUGUUGUAUCUCUCCGGAAUUAGAAUUACACAGCUCGAACGAACUUCUGUGGGCUUAUAACUUCGCCUCGGCUGCUCGGUACAGACCAUGCCUAGCAAAAUGGGCUCCAAAAUUGAUUUGAACAAAGACUUCAUCAGAGUGAAAACACACUACAGCGGGGACAUCCUGAUAACAAACCUGGAUGCAUCAAUCAGUUAUGAUGAACUUUGUGAUGAAGUGCAUGAGAUGUGUAAUUUACAACAGGAGCAGCCGAUCACCCUGAAGUGGAUUGAUGAUGAAGGUGACCCAUGUACCAUCUCCUCUCAGAUGGAACUGGAAGAAGCCUUCCGUUUGUAUUGUCAAAACAGAGAUGAAGGGCUGAUAAUUCAUGUUUUCCCAAGUAUUCCGGAGAAACCCGGCAUGCCUUGUCCAGGAGAAGACAAAUCAAUCUACCGACGUGGAGCCAGAAGAUGGAGGAAGCUGUACAGAGUGAAUGGGCAUUUGUUUCAAGCCAAACGUUUUAACAGAAGAGCAUACUGUGGCCAGUGCAGCGAAAGGAUAUGGGGUCUCGGAAGGCAAGGCUACAAGUGUAUCAACUGCAAAUUGUUGGUCCAUAAACGUUGUCAUAUACUUGUUCCACUGACCUGCAAAAGGCAUAUGGAUUCGGUCAUGCCUUCCCAGGAACCUCAGUUAGAUGAUAAAAAUGAUGAAGUUGACCUCCCUUCAGAAGAAGCUGAUGGAAUUCCCUACAUUCCUUCAAACAGGAAACAUGACAGCAUUAAAGAUGACUCUGAGGAUAUCAAACCAGUCAUUGAUGGGAUGGAUGGAAUUAAGAUUUCUCAGGGGCUUGGACUACAGGACUUUGAUUUAAUCAGAGUUAUUGGACGUGGAAGCUAUGCCAAAGUUCUUUUAGUUCGAUUAAAAAAGAAUGAUCAAAUUUACGCUAUGAAAGUAGUGAAAAAAGAAUUGGUCCAUGACGAUGAGGAUAUUGAUUGGGUACAGACAGAGAAACAUGUGUUUGAACAGGCAUCCAGUAACCCAUUCCUAGUUGGUUUACAUUCAUGCUUUCAAACAACAAGUCGAUUAUUUCUUGUCAUAGAAUAUGUAAAUGGGGGAGAUCUUAUGUUUCAUAUGCAACGGCAAAGAAAGCUUCCUGAAGAACACGCAAGGUUUUAUGCUGCUGAAAUUUGUAUUGCUCUAAACUUUCUACACGAAAGAGGCAUAAUCUACAGAGACUUAAAACUAGACAAUGUUCUUCUGGAUGCGGAGGGUCAUAUCAAAUUAACAGAUUAUGGCAUGUGCAAGGAAGGAUUGGGCCCUGGUGACACUACAAGCACUUUCUGUGGAACACCAAAUUAUAUUGCACCAGAGAUCCUAAGGGGAGAAGAAUAUGGGUUCAGCGUGGAUUGGUGGGCUCUUGGCGUGUUGAUGUUUGAAAUGAUGGCAGGAAGGUCUCCAUUUGAUAUCAUUACUGACAAUCCAGACAUGAACACUGAAGAUUACCUCUUCCAAGUUAUUCUUGAGAAGCCAAUCCGGAUUCCAAGGUUUCUUUCUGUCAAGGCCUCCCAUGUGUUAAAAGGAUUUUUAAACAAGGAUCCCAAAGAAAGGCUUGGUUGUCAGCCACAAACAGGAUUUUCUGAUAUCAAGUCUCAUACGUUUUUCCGCAGCAUAGACUGGGAUCUGCUGGAAAAGAAGCAAGCAACCCCUCCAUUUCAGCCUCAGAUCACAGAUGAUUAUGGCUUGGACAACUUUGAUACACAGUUUACCAGCGAACCUGUGCAGCUAACCCCAGAUGAUGAAGAUAUAAUAAAACGAAUAGAUCAGUCAGAAUUUGAAGGAUUUGAAUACAUUAAUCCAUUGUUGCUGUCAACAGAAGAAACGGUAUGAAGGAAUGACAUCUUCGUUGCAGACAAUAUGAAUGACCUUUAACUUUAUCCUUAACUACAGUAUAUGCAUGCGAGGCUGGGGAACUGUAAGAUUUUGGAUGGAGAACAAUGAUUUAAAAAAAAAAAAAUUGCUGCUGAAAAUCAAAGAAGAGAAUAAUGAUUUUGGUGGGUGUCUUCCGCCACUUAGUUAUUCUUACAUUCUGGGCACUGACACAACUGGCUUCAUUAAUGAAGGAAUUUGCAUUUUGUGCCUAUUUCAUGAAGGAUUGAAACAUUCAUUGCAUUCCUCGGCGAGGAGAU